AUGGAGGGGCCCUCUACACGCGCAACACGAACUCCAUCGCCACCACAUCAGGCUGCGCAGCUACCAGACAUUACCGACACCUCAACUCCUGCUGUAGGUAUCGGCAAUAUUCUUGCGACGUCAUCGUCCACGACGCAAGGUCCCUCGGAGGGCAUUAUAACUCUCCACGAUGACCCGAGCGCUGUCGCCGACAUAUGUUUUGUCCAUGGCUUAAUGGGAGAUCGCGUGGGGACAUGGACAGCGGAAGGGGAGUCUGAGCCUUGGCCAAAGACGCUUCUGCCUGCACUGCUUGGCAAAGUCCGCAUUCUCACGUAUGGAUAUAAUGGGGAUGCGUUAUCAAACUCACCGAGAGCUGGCCAAAGUCCCGCUGAUCGCGCCGCAAAUAAUCUUCUGAUUGACUUGACGAUGGAGCGAAUCGCGGGCAAUGCAUCAUCACGACCUUUGAUCUUGGUCGCGCAUAGUCUGGGUGGUAUGAUCUGCAAGAGGGCUGUUCUAAUGUCAUACGAUAAUGCCAACAGCCACCUCCAAGGUGUAUAUAUGAGUCUGAAAGCAAUCAUGUUUAUAGGGACUCCCCAUAAAGGUUUACAGACGUCUGGUUGGGCGAGUGUUUUGACUUCAUUGCUUGGGAUUUCAGCCAUCCCAAAGGAUCAUCACCUAUCUGACCUUAACUCAUAUCCAAUGUUACUUGAGGUCACCCAGGAGAGAUUCAAAGCUUUGAUAGAAGACCAGCGGGACAGGGACAGGCCGAUCGUUACGCAGUCUUUCUUUGAGGAGACGCUGGCUGGCAAGAUUGGACUCACCAUUUCAAAAGAGUCAGCGACGUUACCAGGGAAUGAACCUAUUCCCAUCAAUACCAGUCAUAAAGACAUGGUACGCUUCAACUCCGUUCAUGAUGCCGGAUAUCAGAAGAUUGCCAAUGUAUUGCAGUUAUGGAUAUCGGAAUUUGAAGAUAUACGAAUCACACAGCCACAGGCCGAUGGCUCCAAUAACGAUAGCCUUCAAACAGGAAGGUCUCUCAACAGAGACCGACUUUCGCGCCGUAUGCUCAUUCUUCCUCCAUCGGUCAGAGCACCAGUUCAACGGCCCCCCAGCCCUAUUGAAUUCGCCGAUGUGCCCACAGAAAGGCCCUCCAGGCUCAGGCCAUGCUAUAUUAUGUGUUCUAUCAUGGCACUCGUAGUUAUCGGAAGUGGUAUUCUGGGCAUUUACUAUACAGUUCAGUUCGAUAGGAUGGGGGAUGGCUUCACGGCUGCGAGCUGGAUCGUUGCCAUAGGCGCUAUGGCUUUGGCUGGUCCGAUGGCUCGACAUUAUCCCCAUUGUUCAUGCUGGCGGCCGAAAACACCUUACUACCAUGCGAUGCGUAGAGCCAGCACACUGCCAGUAUCAUGA